AUGUGUCUCACUUUCUAUCAAAAGCCUGAAUUUUUAUUAAGGAAAAAUUUAAUUUGGCAAAGUUCUCAAAAUAGCAAGAUGAGUACAAAAAUAGAAAGUUCUGUUUCCUCAGCAAUCAAAUUUGAAGAUAUAAAUGCUGAUGAAAAACCGGAAAUUACAGAAGUUGAAAGUUUGUGCAUGAACUGUGAAUCUCAGGGAAAGACUAUAAUUUUUCUCACCAAAAUCCCAUAUUUUAAAGAAGUAAUUGUGAUGUCAUUCUCCUGUGACGAAUGUGGUUAUAGAAGCAAUGAAUUACAACCAGGAGGCAAAAUCCAGGAUUUGGGAGUACAUUAUUCAGUUUUAAUCAAUUCUGCUCAGGAUUUGAAUCGUCAAGUCAUUCAAGCUGAUACAGCAUCCAUCAAAAUACCAGAAUUAGAAUUUGAAAUUCCAGCUGGGAAAGGCGCCAUCACAAAUGUGGAGGGCAUAAUAACUCGAGCUGUGUCUGGAUUAUCACAACAGCAACCUCUCCGUAGGAUUCAACAACCGGAAGUUGCUGAGCAAAUUGAUACCUUCAUUGAAAAUUUAAAUGAUCUUCUCAAGGGGGAGAAACCUUUUAAAUUUAUUUUGGAUGACCCAAGUGGAAACAGUUUUGUUGAGAAUCCUCAUGCUCCAAAGAAAGAUGAAAAUAUGACUGUCAACCAUUACAAACGUUCUCCUGAACAAUGUGAAGCCCUUGGAAUCCAACCAGAGGCUGAUGACAGGACAGUUGUUGCCAGUGCUGGUAUCCCUGCUGAUAAAACUCUGGAUCUGGAGAACGAAGUGAUAGCAUUUAGUAUCAAUUGCCCUUCAUGCAAUAUUCCUUGUGAGACACGCAUGAAAUUAGUCAACAUUCCACACUUUAAAGAUGUUAUCAUCAUGGCUACGUCCUGUGAGUUAUGUGAUUAUAAAGACAAUGAAGUUAAAAGUGGAGGGGCAAUUGAAGAUAAAGGAUGUCGUAUUGACCUUCACAUUAAGGACACAAUCGAUUUGUCUCGGGAUGUACUCAAGAGUGAAACAAGCAGUGUUUCUAUUCCUGAAUUGGAUUUUGAAACACAAAUGGGGACUCUUGGUGGCAAAUUCACAACUAUUGAAGGUCUUCUCAAUGACAUUAUUUCAGCUCUGAAAACUGAAAAUCCUUUCUGUUUUGGGGAUACUGCUCAGGAUUCUUCAAAAAAAAAUCUCGAAAAUUUUUGUGAAAAAAUAAAUGAAAUCAUCGAAGGCAAACGGUUGGAUAUUCACUUUAUUCUAGAUGACUCUGCUGGAAAUAGUUAUAUACAGGAUCUUUGUUUCCCAGAAGAGGAUCCCAACCUGAAAAUUACUCAUUAUGAAAGAAACUUUCAACAAAAUGAUGAGUUGGGCAUUAAUGACAUGAAAACUGAAAACUAUGAAGCAUCUUGA